AUGGGCGGAAAUCAGAGCAGGUCCUCGAGGGGCAAUGCUACGCUCGCAGACGCCAUUCACGGCGUUCCUGGUAUCGUCCAGCGCGUUGACAACGGCGCCUCCAUGAGGCUGACGAGGGCGUUCCGCGAGUUGCGAGACGCAGUGGUGCGGCACCGUCCUGCUACCCUGCGGGUGACACACAACUCGCUGCGGGCACUGGUGUGUCGCCCCAGGCAGCUCGGGGACGUGCCGACGGUGAACUACGAUGGCCUGUGUGUGCCGGCCGGUGACGCCGGGAAGCUGCUGGCAGCGCUCGAGGGCUGCAACGCGACGAGUCUGGAGGCCGCAGGGAAUCCCGCAGACCACGUGCGGGCGGUGCGGAGGGUACUGGAGAGGUCGGUCCAGAAUCUGACGCCCCUGAGCAUCAUUGCCUUGCACCUGAGCGCCCCGCUGCCAGGAAUGCAAGCGAACGGCGCUGGCAUGGAUGGCUUGGAGUCGGAGCUCGUGGCGCUGCGGCAGGUGCUCUGCCAGCUGCAGCAAGCGACCGGGCGUCAGGCCACCCAGGUGGUGUUCGAUGCACACGGCUGCACGGUGACGACGAGGGCGACGGCGGAGGCGUUCGAGGUCGUGCGGCUGGUGGGAUCGUGCAGCACUCCGAGUCUGACGGGCUUUCUGGGGGCGCAUCACGGCACGCUGGAGGAGCUGGACGUGACGGGUGCUUUCGACCUGAACGGCGACUACUGGCUGCCGGUGCCGGCGGAGGUGGUCUCUGCGUGGGGCGACCUGUGGAGGUGGAUCGGGCGCGCUCGGAACCUGCGCGUGCUGCGGCUGGCGCAGUCCGGCAUGACGCCCAACCUUGUCGACAACCCGGCGUUCCAGCAAGGCAUGGUGGACGCGCUGCUGGGCUGCGAGCAGCUGGAGGUGCUGCAGCUGCGGCAUAACAUGCUGCCUGCGGCCUUGAUCACGCAGAUCAUGCCGCGGCUCGUCACGCUGAGGGAGCUGCGGCUGCGGUCGUGCGGCAUCAAUGACGCAAUCGUACAGAUGCUGGCAACCAGGCUGGCCGACAGGGGGGGCGGAGCGCUGCGGGUACUGGACGUGAGCGACGUGCGGGCGUUCGCUAAUCCGCAACGCUGGUACCGGAACGCGUUCAACCUCACCGCGGCAUUGCCCAGCCUCGCGCGCCUGCUGCGGUGUGGGCGGCUGGAAGAGCUGUACCUGUCGUGCGUCGGGCUGACGGACGGCGGCGCGUCGAGCCUGGCGGAGGCCAUCGAGGACGAGAGCUGCAAGCUGCGCGUGCUCGACGUGUCCAACAACAAGGUGAGGGAAGACGUUGCUGCCCUGGGGGCUGCGAUCGGCACGAGCAGGACGCUGGAGGUGGUGAACCUGGACGGGAACUUGAUCGGCGACGAGGGCCUGAGCGCCAUCGGCCGCGGGCUGCGGCUCAGCAAGUCCAUCCGCGAGCUGUCCUUGUGCGGGCGUUCCAGUGACGCGCUCAGCGGACCGUGGACCGAGGGCGCCCGGUCGCUCGGGGAGGGCCUGCGUCGCACGCGCUCGCUGCGCGUGCUGUGCGUCGACUACUAUAGCUUCCAACCGGCGGACUACGCGGCGAUCCUCGACGGGCUUGCAGCGAACUCGUCGGUGGAGGUGAUGUCCAUGUUCAACCGGGAGGGCAACAGCGUGGACAACCGCGUGGCGAGGAUGGUCGCGGACAUGCUGCGGCGCAACAGGACGCUGCGGAAUCUCAACAUGCUGUGGGAGAACGUAACCACGCGCGGCCUCACCGCCAUCGGCAACGCGCUUCGGUCGGGCAAUGAGACGCUGCAGUACCUGAGCGUGGACCGCGACAAGGACGGGCGGUGCCCGCUCAGGCAGCUUGCGGUCAGGAACUCCAAGGUUGCCGCCCACAACCGCUGGGUUCUGGCUUCGUGGUCCGUAGGGGUUGGGGUGUUUUUUGCGUUGGAUCAAGUGGUGAGGAUGGCGCUGCAGCAGCAAAUCCAGGCCGCUCCGAGGGGCAGGGGCGCCGCCGGCAACGCUGACGGCACCUUGAGGGGCAAGGACACCCCAGCCCCUGUCCCGACCUCGAAGCUCGUCACCGCCGCGAGGGUGGUUGACAUGGUCGGGUCGAUGCAGGCAUGA